UUAUUUUUUAAUUUGUACGCGCUUUUACAGCAGUAUAAGCUAAACUUGUCAAUUUUUAAAGUUUAUGUAUAAGGAAAUUGGAAUACAUAUCUUUUUAGCGGAAGUGUAAAAUUAAGUGUGCAGGCGAAUACCAUCAAUCCGAUGCGACAUAUGGCAACCUAUCAAUCCAGAUUCGGCUACACCGUGCUGGCUCCCUCGCGCAGCUAUUACGAUGUGCUAAAGGUACCCAUUAAUUCAAGUGGACAGGAGAUCAAACGCGCCUUCAUCGAACUUUCGAAGAAAUACCAUCCCGAUGGAAAUAGCCACACUCGGGACUCCGAUGAGUUUGUGAAGGUGUGCGAGGCCUACAAGAUCCUCUACAAACAGGCCUCGCGCGAACACUACAACAAUCGCCUGAAGACGCGCUUCCGUAUGGUGCCGCCCAUGGACAGCAGCUAUACGAACAAGAAUGUGCACAAGGCCUGGGUCAAGUAUCAGGCGGCCAUGCGGUACAAACAGUUCGGACACGAUGUGCCCAGUUUUGCGGGCUCCACCAUUCUGCACAAGCGGCCGUUGCUAAUCAAGGCAAGGGGGGUGCGUCUCCUGCCGUCAGGUCAGGCGAUGCCACCAAGCAAAUAUGGAAAUGAGGAGGUUAUCCGAUUGCCUGUUUUCUUUGACCGAUCGUAUGAGAAUUGGAUGUACUUCUAUUAUAUGGCAGGCUUUGGCUUAAUAGGGGUACUUCUUGCGGUCGAUGCCAUAAAAAAGGCAAAUCCCUCCAACGGAACCGACGCACCCGUUGGUCCUAAGUGAGAUUGAAAUUUUGGCGAAUACUCGUGGGUCUUAGCUAAACAAGAAUUAUGUGGUCUUUAUUCUGUAUUUAAUCUGUAAUAUUUGAUCAAAAUUGUACUGUUCCCGAACAAAUAUAUGCCCCACAAGCACAUAAAAA